ACUGCUACAUUCAUUAUUUAAAAGGUAAUGAUUUCAGUGGUAGUUAGGCAGCUUGUUUGCAACGCUGCAGUGAAAAACAAGAAUUUCAGCUCCUGCAGGUAAACCUGUUGAGACGCUACAUUUAAACUGUCACAUAGCCGGACAGUCAGUGUGUGUGUCGUAGGAGGGGCAUCAACGAAUUAUGCCUUCAGCUGUGCAGGUUUAGAUUGCUGCCUCUGAGCUCAGUGAUCAUUUGCUGCCGGCCGACUUGGGUAACAUGCGAGGGCAAUGGGCCAUGGGACUCCUUAUAAUAUGAACUGGGCUGGACUUCUGCAGAGUCUGCUGGUUAUGCUUCACCUCGGGCAGAUCGCUUGCGGCUCCCUCCGGUUUUCUGUCAAGGAGGAACUGGAGCCUGGUACUCUGGUUGGAUCACUUAGUGAACUCUCUCCGCCUCCCUACCAGCUCCUGACCGACGAGUACCUGUGGAUGGACAAAAAUACCGGCGAUUUAUUCAUUACAGAGCGACAGAUGGAUCGUGAGCGCCUCUGCCCUGAUGAGACAAAAGCCGAUGGAUGCAUUAUUUUGCAGUAUGCCGUUGUGGGACCCUCUGAGGACCUCGUACAGUUUUUUGUCGUCGUAGAGGACAUCAAUGAUAACGCGCCGCGUUUUGAAAACACCAAAAUACACCUUAACAUUUCAGAGGUUGCACCCAUAGGGACGAGUCUCAUGCUGGAUGACCAAGCUCAGGACAGAGAUAGUGGACCAAACAGCCAGCUGGUGUACCAACUCAGAGGUUCUGGAGGAGCUUUCGCUUUAAGGGUUGAAGAAGACGGACAACUCAUCAUGCUGGUCGUAGAAACAGCUCUGGACAGGGAGACCCUGGACGUGUAUCAGAUGCAGCUGGUGGCCGCUGACUGCGGAGCACAACCUCUGAGCGCAUCAGUAUCUAUAAUUGUCACAGUGACUGACGUUAAUGACAACUGCCCGAGCUUUAGCCACGACAGCCCUCGCACCGCCACUAUCUCAGGAGGCGCCAAGAAGAACACGGUGGUCACUCAGGUUGUCGCCGCCGACCCAGAUGCAGGCCUGAACGCGGCCAUUGUUUAUUCCCUGAGUCCCAAGGUCUCUGAGAGGGCCAGGGAACUCUUAAUCCUCGACAGUCACAGUGGUCACGUCAGGCUAACACAAGACCUCGAAACAGACAGCUCUGAGGAGCUGGUGUUAAAAGUGUUAGCCAGCGGCCUUCACUGCCCACCAGCAGAGACUCGGGUAACCGUAUCCCUCCUCCCCAAGGCGACCCAAGGUCUAACAAUCAAGAUCGGGUUCAUAGCCGAGCAUCACAACCAAACUGUUGUGUUAGCAGAGGGCCAGCCCCCCACCGCCUUAGCCGUUUUAGAGCUUGAGGGUGACAGCGGCUUUAAAGACUCCUCUCUUGCCAUCGAGGGUGACGUGCCUUUCCUUUUGAGCCCACAGAGUGGCAAAUAUCUCCUUUCCACAUCAAAGGCUCUAGACUACGAGACGAGAAGCGAAUAUCACAUUUCUGUGGUAGCGCAAGGGGGUUCACCUGAAAGGGCUGUGAUCACUCCGCCUCGGCGAGAGAUCAGGGUGAGGGUGGAGGAUGUAAAUGACAACGCCCCACGUUUUCCCCGGUCUCACUACCUGCUGGAAGUGGAGGAAAACAACGAGCCGGGGUUGACGCUGCAGCAGGUAUCGGCUUCCGAUGCAGACAGCGGGCUCAACGGCAGGGUGACAUACACGCUGGACGAAAACACGGCGGCCGUCUUUAAAGUUAACUCGGCUACAGGCCAGCUGUCUGCCCUGGUUCCUCUGGACAGGGAGCAGAGCAGCGUGCACAAACUCACCGUGUUUGCUCGAGACGGCGGGUCUCCUCCCCUGGAGUCCCAGGCCUCUGUAAUCAUUCGUGUUCUGGACCAGAAUGACAAUGCGCCCGUUUUCACUACCCCUCACUUCAUCUUUUUCAUUCCUGAGAAUGCACCCCCGUUUGCUCGGGUGGGGAGCAUAGAGGCGGAAGAUCCGGACGAAGGAGAAAACGGAAAUAUAAAACUGCAGUUCGUAAACAGCGACGCACCUUUUGCUGUGGAUAGCGUGCAGAGGACGCUGCAGACCACCACCAAAUUGGACCGCGAGAUGACAGACGUUCAUGAACUUUACCUGGUGGCCAGCGACAAUGGGCGCCCAGUGGCUUUAACCUCCACUGCCAGGGUGACCGUGUUCAUAGAGGACGUUAAUGACAAUAAGCCACAAGUGAUCUUUCCCAGCAGCAAUUUUUCAUGCUUGGCUCUCUCGCCAAGUACUCCUGUGGGUACAACCAUAACAAAGAUCUACGCCACUGAUGAGGACUCGGGCUUAAAUUCAGAGAUUAUAUAUUCUGUUGCUGCACCAGUGGGGCACAACACCCCGUUCCAGGUACACUCAAAAUCAGGGAACAUCACCUUAAUUCAGGAGCUUUUGCACAAAGAAAUGGGAAUGCAUCAUCUGUUCAUUGUAGUAAGAGACAGUGGAAUACCAACUCCACUUUACACCACUGUGUGGAUUAACCUGUUGGUUAAUGAGAGCGCAGAUCGGUGCUAUCUAGAUAGGGUACCCACAUGGACCGGAAGAUCUGAUCUGGUUCAAAGUGCUUCUAAGUCUCCCAUCUGUGAGAUAGAAACACCCAGAUCUGUUCAGAUGAUAUAUUUUCAUCUUUUGGUCAGUAUGACGGUCUUAACUGCGGCAUUGUUUUUGACAACGGUUUGUUUGUAUCUGAAGCACAGAAAAUGCCCACCGAAGAAAAGGAAGGGACAGGCAGAAGAGAACCAGAUUCCGCUCCGAAUCAAAGACAAAUAUUAUUCUGAUGAAUAACAGAAUCUCACUUGCAGUUUCAAGCAUGCAAAAAAAAAAAAAAGCCAGAGAAGUAAACAUUUUGAGAGUGUUUGUCUUGGGCUUUACGCGUUUCAAAAAAAAUCCCUCCGUGCUUCCUCAAUGCCUCUGUUUUCAGAUGUAGAGGCAAAGUCUAGCAGGUCUCCGAUAAGUGUCUUAAACAAUGUUGCUGGAAAAAGAUAAGAGGAGCAUUUGUUUUCCUUGAGAACUCCAACAUCAUAGACAUAACAUGCAUCAGACGGUGUACACAGCAGAGCCACAGAUCAGAGCAAUGAAGAGGCAAUGUGGCUUCAUUAGGCCAAAAGAUUCUCAAGAAAGCAUGAAAACGAAGCUAAUUGUGCAACAAGUUGAUUGGGCCAGUCUCAGAUUACUGACCUUGAGUGAUGGGGGGGGGGGGGUCUUACAGCAUUUAGACACACAAAGGGGUUUAAUGUUCCUUCAGAGGGGGAAGUGAUGAAAGUGUCUAAAGGAGUAACCCUGAGACGAGCUCCGGGAGCAAAGAGCCGCCGCACACAGCGGAGAGGCAGCCGUUACCCGAUAACUCCGGUUCUCACCCACAAGGUUGGAUCGAGCCCAAAAGAGAGACAAACGCACAGUACUGCGCCCAGCUCCCCACCAGGCGUGCCAUUUCAAUCCCUGACGACUGAAGUCACAUUCUACUCAAAGAUGUAUUUACAAACGGCAGCUGGCGACACAUUCGGAUGGAUCCGGAGGAACAAAUUAGAUCUAAAGCCGGUUAAGGGGCUGCAUUAAAUAUGAAUGAGCCAAGGUACGGCGUGUUUACAAAUUCGGGAGCAAACAAUUGCACAAAGAGGGAGGGGAAACUUUUGACUUUUCCAAAUCUGUACGGCGUGGUGGUGCACUGCUCAGGGUAGGAAAAGAGGGGAAAGCAAGGAGACGGAGGCUGUAAAACACAAUGUACAACAACCUGGUUAGUGGAGAACAAGGCUUAUAUAACAUGAGCUGUGUCUCUGAGGACGUCUGAGCUAGCUGCUUCAGAAAUAACUAAAAAAAAUCUAAUAAGGCCCGCGCUGUGAGGAUAACUACGUUAACUGGGAUCAAAUAAGGAGCACCAGAACCAAAUUAGGAAUUAAAUUAAACUAGCCUCUUUACAAGAGAAAUUAAAAAGGCCAUUGGAUCACAAGAUACAGUCAUUAUUUUAUUUUUGAUGUAUAUAUGUACAUUAUGCCUAUAAAGCGUUUUUGUAGCAUUGUAUUUAUGAUUAAAAAAAACAUUUCCUGAAAAAAAAAUAUCUUUGUAUUUCUUUUUACAUUAAGCUGAAAUUGCACCUUUUGAAACAAUGCAGUUGGCAGGGAAAAGUCUGCCACCUAGUGGACGCAGAUGACGCCAAAUCCUGUGCUUUUUGUGAAAUUUGACCAAGAGGGAGAGGAUGAAUGAAUCAGAGGACAGCUCCUCACUUUGCGGCUGUCAUGUUGCCUGUGAGAACAGUGAUGUGUCCCCCGCUGCCCUGCUCCCACUCACAACGCAUCUUCUUUCACUCAGGUUUCAGUUUAUCUUUCCAAGCUGAACACUUAAUUGUAGCCCGAGAGCCGCAAUUGACCCGAAGGCCAUGUGGAUUAUUUGUGAGCUGCAUUUUGGGGGGGAAUUCUAUGAUCGUGUCAUAUAACGAUUCAUCUUGUUUUGUUUGCUGAUUGUUUUGCCGUUUUAUUUAAGAGCCAGGAGGCGUUGAGACACAUUCGCUACCCCUCGCUGCCUCUCAAUUGUCCCAUCGUCUGGCUUUCUGUCAUCCAUAUUUCCCGUUUGUGAACAUUCCAGAGCGUAACAGAGCAUUUAAGACAGACAUGACGAAACACGCACCGGGUUCGCCGCCACCAUCGUCUGAUGCAGUUUUUAUGUUCAGGACUCCAUCUCAUAAACGGGGUUAUGAUGGGAACUGACAGCUUUACUCGGAGUGCGGAGUAGCUUCAGCUGGCUAUCCACAGGCAGGUUUUAUUUCAUCUUUCAUUGACCAAGGAUACAUGCUUUCAAUAAGUCCGUGAUCAUUUUGUUAAUGCAAAUAAAUACGCCUGUGUUGUCUCAAUGCUCUUAU